ACUGUGAUUAUUUAACUGAAGAUCCCCCCUUCUUCAACACCACAUUGGUUUCAUCGCCUUCUCCCACUCUCUCUCUCUAGCCUUACACCACCACCACCACCAUGCAAGCCCUUCAAUCUCCUUCUCUCAGACCAUCCCCACUCGACGCACUUCGCAAACACUCCCCAAACCUCACUCCCAACAAUGCCAAACCACCACAAAAGCUCUCCUUCAUUUCCGCAUCGGCCCAAUCCGCCACAGCCUCCUCCGCCCCCAAGCGCGAGAAAGAUCCCAAGAAGCGCGUGGUCAUCACAGGGAUGGGCCUCGUCUCCGUCUUCGGCAACGACGUAGACGCCUACUACGACAAACUCCUCUCCGGCGAGAGUGGCAUCACACCCAUCGACCGAUUUGAUGCGUCUAAAUUCCCCACCCGAUUCGGCGGCCAGAUCCGCGGCUUCAACGCGCAAGGCUACAUCGAUGGCAAGAACGAUAGGCGUCUCGAUGAUUGCCUUCGCUACUGCAUUGUUGCUGGCAAGAAGGCGCUCGAAGAUGCUGAUCUCGGCGGCGAUAGUAUCGGAAAGAUUGAUAAGGAGCGAGCUGGUGUGCUCGUUGGAACAGGGAUGGGUGGUCUUACAGUGUUCUCUGAUGGUGUCCAGGCUCUCAUAGAGAGAGGUUACAGGAAAAUUACCCCAUUUUUCAUACCUUAUGCCAUAACAAACAUGGGCUCUGCCUUGCUUGCAAUUGAACUUGGUUUUAUGGGACCAAACUAUUCAAUUUCAACUGCUUGUGCUACCUCCAAUUAUUGCUUCUAUGCUGCUGCCAAUCACAUACGUCGAGGUGAGGCUGAUUUGAUGAUUGCUGGUGGAACUGAAGCUGCCAUUAUUCCUAUUGGGCUGGGGGGUUUCGUUGCAUGUAGAGCUUUGUCUCAGAGAAAUGAUGAUCCAAGAACUGCUUCUAGGCCAUGGGACAAAGAUCGAGAUGGAUUUGUUAUGGGCGAAGGAGCUGGAGUAUUAGUAAUGGAGAGCUUGGAACAUGCAAUGAAACGUGGCGCACCAAUAAUUGCUGAGUAUUUAGGAGGGGCUGUAAAUUGUGAUGCUUACCACAUGACUGAUCCAAGAUCUGAUGGACUUGGUGUUUCUUCAUGCAUUGAGAGAAGCCUUGAAGAUGCUGGUGUGUCACCAGAAGAGGUAAACUACAUCAAUGCACAUGCGACUUCCACUAUAGUUGGCGACCUGGCUGAGGUGAAUGCUGUAAAGAAGGUAUUCAAGAACACUUCAGGGAUCAAAAUGAAUGCAACAAAGUCAAUGAUAGGUCACUGCCUUGGCGCUGCUGGAGGUUUGGAAGCCAUUGCUACAGUAAAAGCCAUUACUACUGGGUGGCUGCAUCCCACAAUAAAUCAAUUUAGCCCGGAGCCCUCUGUUGAGUUUGACACUGUUGCAAAUAAAAAGCAGCAGCAUGAUGUGAAUGUUGCAAUUUCAAAUUCAUUUGGAUUUGGUGGACAUAACUCCGUUGUGGCCUUCUCUGCAUUCAAGCCUUGAAGCCGUUUUUCUGCACUGCUUGUAGCCGCGGCAAUCUUUGCUUAUUCGAGGUUUAAUUUAAAUCUUUUUUAGAGGCUGCUUCAUUAUCUUUCUGCAACUUGCAUCUGUAAUUUGAGAAUUCAUAGGUUUCAAUGUAAUAAUUUUGAGUAGAACCCUAGCUUUAAGACUUUCUUUCACUUUUUACCUUUUUAGAUCUUUUGAGGUUAAUCAGGCAUGAAAUUUUGUUCAGUUCUGAAUUAUGUAGUGGUCUCCUAUAGUGUUUUUAUUAUUAUUUGGAGCAUGUCUUUUGUUAUUGGGUAA